AUGAGUACGCCAGGUAAUAAUUUCACGGUGGUGGAAUUGAAAUCGGCUUUACGGGCAAGAGGGCUGCCGUCGGAGGGAGCGAAGGCGGAGUUGAUCCAGAGGCUCGAGAAGAUCGGCGAUCCGGGCGUGUGGGCCGAAUUGAACAAGCGGCCAGAGGGGCAGCGUUCAGCGGGUGCCUCGCGUCCAGAAAUGGAGAGUGAGAUGGGGGAGACCCUGGCGGAGGACGACCUUCUGGAGGAGUUUGCUGCGGAGGAGACCGCGUUGGAGAGGACGGCGGCGAGACGGGAUGCGGUGGUGCGAGGGCACGAGGGCGCCUCGUCCGCUUUCCUCGGAAAUUUAGAACGCGCCGAGUUAAAUCUCUUGCGAAGAGAGAAAGAUUUGUGGGAGAGAGAGAGGUCAUUUUUUCAAAGGGAGAGAGAGCUGCUUCGCGGCUCUUCGGUGGCGUCAACGGGAUCGUCUGGUGGUGAAAGUUUUAGGGGUGUCAAGGAGUUGUUGCCGGAAUUCGACGGAAGUGAGAAUACGUUUUGGAGGUGGAGGAGUCAGCUCGGACUUCUCAGGGACACCUAUCGUCUUGACGAAGGCGCUACCAGGAUCCUGAUCGGCUAUCGUUUGAAGGGACGGGCAUUGACCUGGUUCUACUCCAAAACCGAACACCUUGCAAUGGGGAUGGAGGAGCUGCUGGAAGAGAUGGCGCGAAUGUUCGACCUGCGUCCGGCAAGGAUCACGCUCCGGAGAAAAUUUGAGGCUCGCAUGUGGAGGGGCGACGAGCCAUUUAGCAAUUAUUAUCACGAAAAGGUGAUUCUUGCUAAUCGUGUCCCGGUGGCUGAGGACGAGCUUAUUGAUCAUGUGAUUGAGGGCAUUACGAACGUGCAAUUGCGGAACCAGGCGCGUCUGAUGAGGUUCCGGUCGGGAGCGGAAUUGCUGGAGGCCUUCGAGAGCAUCGUGUUCGAGCGCAGAGACAGGAUGAUGGGGCCGCCCGGAGGAGCGAGACCCGCUGUCGGCGAGGGAUUAGGAGCGGCGUUGGGCCCGGGACGGGCGGAGAUCCGGGGAGACAGGGUGAGGCCAGAUGCGGAUGGUGGAGCCGGGCGGCCAGGGUUAGAGCGGACGCGGUGUUUCCGCUGCGGUGAGGUAGGCCAUAUCGCGGCGCGUUGCGGGCGGCAGCCGACGGGUCGCGCGUGUUAUGUUUGCGGGGCGUCGGGACACUUGGCGGCGGGGUGCCCUGGGCGUGGACGGCCAGCGGUGGCGGGUCCGACGGCGGGAUCGACGGAGAUCGGGUUGGCGGACGCGGUUCGGCCAGCCGCGUUUCCUGGACCGUACAUGGUAAGUGUGGAUAUUUUAGCGGCAGAUGAGGGCGCAGAUUUUAAUUAUACCGACGACGCGGUGGUUGAUUCGGGAUCACCGAUCAGCCUGAUAAGAAGUAGUAACGUCCCAGGAAAAUUGUGUUCACUGGUCGAUCAGAGCGCAAAUCAAUUUCACGGUAUUAACGGCUCUUUACUCCGCGUAAACAGUAUUUUUUAUAGUAUUGUAAAAGUCUGUGGCGUCCAAAUCAAAAUAAAGUUUUAUACAGUACCGGACGACGCAAUGAUGUAUAAUGUUCUUCUCGGAAGAGAUUUUUUGAUGUGUCCGUCGAUACGAGUUACGUUCGGAGAAACAGUAAAAAUAGUAGCGAUUGAGGAGCCGAGUACUUUUGGAGAAAUUAUGAUGAUUGAGAGUGGUGACGUUUCGGUCAAUAUGUGUGGCGAACUCCGAAUCGACGAAGGUAUUGGCGAAAAGAGCGUUAGAGAGAUCAGCGAGGCGCACGAGGCAUGUUACCUCGAUUGCUUGCGGGCGGAGAGCGGCGCGCCCAAUUUUGAGAUGACCAUCGCAUUGAAGCACGAACAACCGAUAGCGUCGCGCCCGCGGAGGUUGUCAUUCGCUGACAAGGAGGCUUUGUGCGGUAUUUUAGACAGGCGCUUGAGUGAUGGAACCAUACGACACAGCGAUUCCCCGUAUGCGAGUCCCAUCGUGCUCGUUAGGAAAAAAGACGGAAGUAUUCGUUUGUGUAUCGAUUAUCGCGAACUAAACAAAAUCACGGUGCGAGAUAAUUUCCCCACGGAAUUGAUCGACGAUAAUAUUGAUCGCUUGAGAAGCAAAAAAUAUUUCUCGAUUUCGGGUUUAAAGGAUGGAUUCCAUCACGUCAGGAUGCAUCCCGCGUCGAUAAAAUAUGCGUCAUUUGUGACGCCGCUGGGGCAGUUUGAAUGGCUACGUAUGCCGUUCGGACUGACGAACGCGCCGCGUGUGUUUCAGCGUUUUAUACAUAUGGUGUUUGUGAAAAUUCGUGACGAACUCGGAAAGAGCGAAAUAAAAUAUUAUGAAUUGCGCGACGGAUUGGCCUAUCGAAAGGACAAAAAUGGGAAAGUUUAUUGGUUCCCGCGAAGGCGGGACAAAGUCAAAGGAUACGGUGAUACAACGGCCAUAUAG